UCCCUUCCCUCCUCAUCCUCCGGCUCGUCCCGACACCGGGAUUUUCCUGGGAAAAGGUGCCGCUGUGCCCUGGCAUGGAAUUGUCACCGCUGCGCUGCCCCCGGCCCGGACCCUGCGCUGGAUUCCCGAGGCUGCCCUGAAGCGCGGCCGCCAUGUCCACCAAGGUGCCCGAUCUACCUGAAGAGAGGCAGCCGCAAGGGCAAGAAGGAGAAGCUGCGCGACAUCCUGUCCUCGGACAUGAUCAGCCCUCCGCUGGGCGACUUCCGCCACACCAUCCACGUGGGCAGCGGCGGCGAGGCCGACACCUUCGGGGACAUCUCCUUCCUCCAGGGCAAGUUCCACCUGCUGCCCCGCGGCGACGCCGGCGAGCGCGGCGGCGCCGAGGCGACGGCGCCGUUCGAGUUCUCGCGCACGGCCACCAUGUCGGGCGGCGAGGCGGCCGCGCCGUCGCCGCUGCUCAAGAACGCCAUUUCCCUGCCGGCGCUCGGUGCCGCGCAGGCACUGACCCUGCCCGCGGCGCAGGCCCCGCCGAAACCCCCGCGGCUGCACCUGGACGAGGCCGCGGCGUCACCGGCGUCGCCGCCGUCGCCGCCGUCGCCGUCGUGCCCCCGGCUGGCCGCCAACGGCGAGGCCGAGCCCUUCCUGUCGCACGCCGGCUCGCUGCUGUCCCUGCACGUCGACCUGGGGCCGUCCAUCCUGGAGGACGUGCUGCAGGUCAUGGACAGGCACCAGGCCGAGCGCGGCGCCGGCGCGCGGCCGGAGAUCCUGACGUGAGGGUGAAGGCGUUGGGAAGCGGACGGUGAGGGUGAGGAUGAGGAUGGGGAGGAGGAUUUGGGGUGUUUUUCGGGUGUGGCUCUCGGAUUCCUGCGUUUUCCUCACGCCGGGUGAGGGUUUGGCCUCGGGGGGAGAAGCAGAGUGAGCCCCUGAGCUCUCUCAGCCUCCUCAGUGCCAGAGCUGCCCACGGGAAACACGACGGACCCCACGGGAUGGAUUCCCAAAGAUUCCAGCCAGGAGGAUUCGGGGGGGACAGCGGGGUUUGUUCUCCACGGCUCUGAACAUCCUGAACCGUCAUGGCGCUGUCACCUCAACUUCUGCUCCAUGAAAUCCUUUGAAAGUCCCACAGAUGGGGAAAUCUCCACCGGGAAAUCUCCACCGGGCUCUGUGUCCCUGUGGAGAAGCCAAAACUCCCCGUGGAGGAGCUGGGAUCUCCCAGUGGAGCUCUUGUUUUAGGAACUCAAUCCAUGGAGGGGCCAAAAAAACCCCUCUGGGGCUGAACUGGAGCGACUGGAAAUUGCAAAACCAACCAAAAAUCCCAACGUGAGCUGCAGGUGGAUCCUGGCACCGACGGAUCCCUCGCGGAUGGUUUGGGUGGAGUGGGAAUGCCCAGGGGAAUUCCAGCUGGAUUUUGGGGAACAGGGACAAAAGCCCCACUGGAAACGCUGCUGGAGGAGCCACCAGGACAGGGUGGGACCUCCUCGUCCAAGCUCCUGUCACAAAUUCCAUCUUUUCACCGAUUUCUGGCAGUUUGAGCCCAGAACUGGAUCCCCCCAGGGCGGAGUCGCGGCCCCUCCUGACCCCGGUGCUGUUCCUCAUUGCCUAACGAGUCUAAUUUAGAUUAUCUGACUAAUGACUCAUUAGAUUCUUGUUAACGAA